AAAUGUGGCUGAGGGAGCCCGCGAAGACAACGGAUAGGCAAAAUCCAAUGACAACACCAAAAGAUAAGGUCAUCACUCAUUAACGAAGCACAAGCAAAGGGACCUUCAAUGGCUUCUCUGCAUUGCUCACCCUCUCUCCAAAACUCCCUCUUCGUCAAUUCUCUUCCCCAGAAACUCCAUGGAAGAUUUGUUUGUUGCAGAGCAGGGGUUUCAUUUCUUCUCAGGGCUGAGCAAGCACACGGAUCUUCGAUUAAUGCCCAUGGGUGCAGUUCUGAAGGUCACUUUACCGAAUUGAGAUGGAAAAUUAGACUUGGGAGACGCCAGCUGCUAGCUGGCAGUGCUUUUAUAACUUGGAUUUCUCUAGCAGACAUGAAUUCUAUGUCAUUUGCUGCAGAAACAAAGAAAGGGUUUCUAUCAGUUUCAGACAAGAAAGAUGGUUACUCAUUCGUUUAUCCAUUUGGGUGGCAGGAAGUAGUCAUUGAUGGUCAAGAUAAGGUAUUCAAAGAUGUAAUUGAACCAUUAGAAAGUGUCAGUGUCAAUAUGAUUCCAACCAGCAAGGAAGAUAUUCGAGAUUUUGGGUCCCCUCAACAGGUUGCAGAAACUUUGAUAAAGAAGGUUCUGGCUCCUUCUAAUCAAAGAACGAAGUUAAUUGAAGCAUCAGAGCAUGACGUGAAUGGAAAAGCAUAUUACACAUUUGAGUUUGUAGCUCAAGCUCCAAACUACACUCGCCAUGCUCUUAGCACGAUUGUUGUUGCCAAUGGAAAAUUCUACACUUUGACAACAGGAGCAAAUGAAAGGAGGUGGGAGAAAAUGAAAGAUAAAUUGCGCACAGUUGUUGAUUCCUUCACAAUUUCAAACGUUUGAUGAGACUCCCCAAUGAACAACAAAUUUACCAUUAUUCAUUCCAAUUCCCAACGCCAUUUUGAUUCUCCCAAGUUGUUUAGAACUAAACUUCACUACCUUAUCACACCUUUUGCCCUUCAGUUAUUUUCAACGAAGCCCCUUGUAUUUAUGGAUGACUAUGUAAAAGAAUGCAAAGACACCAAAUAGCUUCAUCGGCAUAAUGACAGUCAAUUGUUUUGCUUGUUCAAUUCUUUUGUAUGAAAAGAUUUAUUGACAAAUUAAAA